UGAUUCUUAGGAAAGGAGGAUAAAACGUGUCCAGUCCGAAUACUUUUUCGAAAAUAAACUAUAUUUAAUAAAAAUAGCGUUUUAAUAUACUUUAAUUACCAGCACAACUAUUUACAAAACAAAAAAUAACAUUAAACAUAGUUUACCUAAAAAUUUAAACCAAAAUCUUCCUUAAACGUCAUUAUCUCGCAUGUCCCACAACACUGCGCUUGGUUAUUUCGUCUGAUAAAAAAUUCAAUUAAAACUAAACGUCUUAAUUUUUUUAUGCCAAAUCAUCCUUUAAUAAUCAAAGUUUCCUAAUAACCAUGCACUAUCUCAAUUUAAUUAAUUUUACUACAGGAAACCAAUACGGUUUAAGUUUGUCAUAAAUAAAUAUCAUUAUACGCAGCAAGAAUUGCUUCAAUUAUUACUCUGUGGUUUUCUACUCUACGUUACGUUUGAUGCCUGCGGCACGUUCCCCGCACCUCCCUCAGUCGAGCUGCACGCUUCAAACGGAGUGGACGCGUUGUGUUUGCUGACCAGGUGCCAUUAAAAUGCCACCGAAGAACAUAAAGGCAGUAGAAGAACGCCGUCGGGCACAGCAACGAGAGUGUAAAAAGAGAAAAUAUUUAGAAAUAAAAAACGAUCCAGAGUUAUUAGCCAUAGAACAAGAGAAAAGGCGUAUAAAGUAUAAGAAAAGAAAAGAAGAAGGUAAAAUUAAAUCUAUAAAGUAACAAACUACUCGCGCUCAACGUGAGCAACGAAAAAAAUGGAGAGAAAAUUCCAAAAGGUACAGGCAAAUGAAAAAACAAGAAAAAACGACGCCUACGCCGACAUUUGAACCUGUUGUAAUAAAAGCUUCAGGAGAGGCUAAAGACGACGCGGAAAGGCAGACUAAGACUGAAACGUUAAGCGAUCCAUUACAUCAAGAUUCUCCUUCUAUAAAAUCCGUAGUAAGAAAAAUACGCUAUAAUGAGUAUAAAAAGAGAUGUGUAUUGAUAAAUACUAUUAAUAAAUAUAAAAAGACCAUUGAAAGGCAACGAAAAACAAUACAAAGAUUAAAUAAGAAACUUCAGGUGCAAGAAAGUAGGGAUAGACAUAGUGAAAUAAAUAUCUCCAAGUUCGUAAAACAAGGUAACAACAGAGUAUCAUCCUCAAGCAUAAUGUCAGGUCAUAAAUCAUAUGUAGAAGAAGUUCAUCAAUUUUACAACGAUGAUGCUAAUAGUUCUAUAAGUGCUAGUAAAAAAGAGUUUGUGACAAAAAAUAAACUUAAGAUGCAGAAACGGUAUCUGAAUGCCCCACUAAAUACACUGUAUCAAAAGUUUAUAUCUCAAGUAGGUAAAAAAAUAAGUUACUCAACCUUCUGUAAGCUUCGACCCUUUUGGACAGUUUUCCCUAAACCUACCAAUAGGGAUACUUGUCUCUGUUCUCGACAUCUUAAUAUGGAGUUACUUCUACAAGGUUUGCAUAGAGCUUGUAUAGUAAAUGUAAGAACUUGUGAGCAAUUACUAUCUAAACUGUGUUGCGACUCUAGGAAUUUGGAUUGUUUAAAUAGAAGUUGUAAUACUUGUUCGUCAAAUCAUCUCGAAUAUUUUAAUGUUUCUGAGAAUAAUGUAUCAUUUUACGAAUGGCGGAAAACAAUGAAAGAAAUUACACUAAAAAAUGGAACUAAGAAAAAACAACAGUUGACUGAAAAAUUAAAGACUACUAUGAAUAUUAAAACAGCAAUAACCAAAUUUGAAGCAGAUUUGAUAGCAUUCUUUAAUCAUGUCCACAAAAUUAAUUUUCAAUAUAUUGGCAUUAAAACUCUUAAAAACAAUUUACCGGUUCAAGAAGCAUUACUACAUGUAGAUUUUUCUGAAAAUUAUGCUCUAAAAUUUGCCGAAGAAGUCCAAGCUUUCCAUUUCGGUGGUAGUCGCCAACAAGUGUCUUUACACACGUCUGUGGCGUACACACACAAUUUUACUUCCGGUGUUGUUACUCCUAUGUCUUAUUGCACAGUUAGUGAUUGCUUGCGGCAUGACGCUCCUGCUAUUUGGGCUCACUUGGUGCCCCUAAUUCAGUACGUUAUUGAAAUUAAUCCUUUAAUUGAAACCCUACAUUUCUUAUCUGAUUCGCCAUCAUCACAAUAUCGAAAUAAGUAUAUGUUUUUUGUAAUAUCACAAAUUUGCCAAGAUUUUCAUCAAAUUAAAAAAAUUACUUGGAAUUAUUCUGAAGCGGGACACGGAAAGGGUGCCCCUGAUGGGGUAGGAGCAGUUCUUAAAAGGACUGCUGACCGAAUGACUCUUUUUGGUAAAGAUAUUGGUACUUAUGAUCAAUUCUGUGAUAUAUUAAUGCAAAAUAUUGAUAAUAUUAUUAUUAAGAAGGUAGAUGAAAAGGAAAUUAUAGCUAAAGAAAGAUUAAUUCCAAAAACAUUAAAACCCUUCAAGGGCACUCUUUCCGUGUACCAGGUCUUAUGGGAUUCAAGUGUUCCAAUGACAGUUCUUAGACAACUCAGCUGUUUUGAUUGUAAUGCGGAUAUGAAAUGUAUCCAUGGAUAUGAUUUAGGAAAUGUACCAAAUUAUAGCCAUGGAAAUAUUGAAAACAUUGAUCCUAAUUAUGUUGCUCCAUUGUCUAAAUCGGUAAAUAGUAAACAAGGGACCCAAAAUCCAAAUAAAAGAAUAGUUAUUCUUUCCGAUAUUAAAAUCAAACAAAGCAACUCUCUUUAUAUUGGUGAUUAUGAAGACCAAAACCAAAAUUUUAACACUAAUCCAUAAAUAUUUCCUAUUAGUAACUUUAUCUCAUGCGAGAAAUAAAUAAUUAUAUUUAGUAUUGAUUUCUGACACUUACGCGAAUAUUAGACAUUUAAAUAAAACUACUUUUACGGAUUUUAUCGCGGUAUACAGCAUCCCCAUGGUAGUCUACCCGUGACCAUGGAUGCCGUAAAGGAUCCGAAACGUCGGGAUUAAAUAAUAUUAAUAUACCGCGAUAAAAUCCGUAAAAGUAGUUUUAUUUAAAUAAUUAUAUUUAGGUUGAACAGAUUAGUGGACGUGUUUAUUGUACAUUGAGUUCCUUAUUUUAUUUCAUAAGAUAAUUAAAAUUAAAACUGUAAUGAUAAUAAGACUGAAUCAGAAUCACAAGUUUUGCAGGAACUGUACAAUGUUCCUUUAUUAACGAUUAUGAUUAUCUUACCAAAUUAAUAUGAUUACUUUAAAAGUGAGAAUAAAACCAUUGAAAUUAGAAAAAUAAGUAUUUAUAUUUAAGUUGUAUUUUAAUGAAACAUUUAAUAGUUCAUUUAAUUAGUUUUAGCCGUAAAAAGGGUGGCCAGCGGUGGGAAAAUAAAAACUUAAUUUACAAAAAAAAGGAUAAAUCAUGUAUAAAUUACAUUAUUUUGCAUAUAUCUACUUUCUAUCUGUGAUUUUAUGAUUAAAAUAUUGAGUUGAUUUUUAA